UACCACCAUUGAAUCGACAAUAGAUGUGUACAAUAAUGUAGCCCAAACCGGAAAGCUUAAUCAGACCUUUUUCGAGUUAUCUAUCAGGAGAAAAAUAGGCAGAAUUAAUCUGUUGUUCAAUAGAAUUAGGCCACAGCGAAUCAAACGAUGGGAAUCAUUAGGUAGAGCGUGGAAAUACAUUUCUGGAAGUCCAGACGCCGACGAUCUUAAAGUCAUAAACUCUUCUCUAAACUCCUUGGUAGAUGAAAAUAAUAAACAAAUUCAGAUAAAUCACUUGUUUGAGAAACGUAUGAGAAACUUGACACAAACUUUCAAUUCACUGUUAGAUAACGAGCAGAAUUUGGAAAAAGUAACAUUCGAUAGUUUAGACUCUUUGAAUUUCAUAUUUGAGAUUGAUGAAUUAUUAUACUAUUUAGAGAUAAUUGAAGAAUCUAUAACACUAGCCGGACGAAGCAUCCCAAGCAGCCGCAUCAUCCACCCUGAAGAACUUUCGGUUAUUCGCCAUACCCUCAACGAUAACGGUUUUCGAUUGAACUCGGUCGACGAUAUGUUGAACAUUGCUAGCGCGUACGCAGUAUAUAACAACGAGAUGUUCAUGUAUAUACUCAAAAUACCAAAAAUCAAGGAUGUGCAAUACAAAAUUGGUUUGAUUGAACCCGUAAUUGCCAAUAAUUUACGAAUUCAUCUCACGGCACAAUUUUAUAUUGAAGGACAGAACGUAUUUAUGUCAAAAAACCCGUGUCCAAAGAUAAAAGAUCUCUCUAUAUGUUCCUCCAGCAACUUGGAACCGCCUACGGAGUGCAUUCAACAAUUAGUUUCAGGACAACACACAGCCAAAUGUCCUAUGGAACGAAUUUACGAAGCUAAAACUAUUCGUAAAAUCACAGAAGGCAACAUCAUGGUUACAGGAUCCAACAUUACACUUUCAUCAAAUUGUUCAUCCGAACGAUUACUCAAUGGGUCAUUCCUCAUACAAUACUCCAAUUGUACUGUGAAGCUGGACGACGAGGAGUAUGCUAACUCCGACUUGGAAAUUCAACCAUUCAUCCCUACCACAGGAAUUAAGGUCAGUCCAACUAUACUGAUAAACAAUAUCCCGUUACAGCAUCUGCAAGAGAUGCAUUUAGAACACAGAAACCAGAUAGAUCAUCUCAACUUAACUACGAACAAUCUGCAUUGGAAACUACAUAUGUUUGGAUGGUUAACCUCAUUAUCAACAACAGUUAUAAUCAUAUGUAUCCUGGGCCUGAUCAUAGCCAUCAUCUUUAAAAUAUUUAGUUGGAGAAAACAUCUCACACUUAACACAAAAGAAGAUAUUCAUAUCAAUUUCAGCCUAGCAACUGAUGGAUGUCCCGAGUCAAGAGAUAUACCACUUAUCCCACAGCAAUAGAAGAAAGCCGAGGACGGCUUUCAAACUAAAAGGGGAGCCAUUAUGGAAACAUCGGAACAUCGUGCCAUUCAGGUGCACCAAUUGCAGUCAGACAAC